AUGCAGGUGAGCGCGCCCCCUGCUGGCCGCUUCCGGGCCUACAGAGGCUGUAACCAUGGUGACCGCUGCUCCUCAGGGAAUGAAUGCACCAACUUUAGCUUUAACGUCAUAAACUUCGGUGUAAUUAGUCUCUUUUCAGGGCGCCAUCUUGGAUCGCCGGGGCUUGGGCUGGACACCGACGUCAAGGUGUUCCUGGGUCACACACACUCCUGCACAUGCGCAGUCUUUCUGAGGGAGCGGGAGCCCUGCAAACACAUCUGCUGGGUCUUACUGAAGAAAUUCCGGAUUCCUAAAGAGCAUGAAUCAGAUAGUUUCCAGUGUGGUCUGAGCGAUAGGCAGAUCUCAGAGGUCCUUUAUGGCUCACAUCAGCCUCCACAGUCCAGUGCCCCCUCGGCCCCCAGAGCCUCUGGAUCCUCUGAAGCCUCUGAAGACCUGACACUGGGCAGGCCUGGAGAGGUGCUCCAGAGGGACAUCCAGGCCCAGGACGUGUGCCCCAUCUGCCAGGAGGAGCUGCUGGAGAGAAAGCAGCCUGUAGCCUUCUGCAGGUUUGGUUGUGGUAAUAACGUGCACAUCUCGUGCAUGCGUGUGUGGGCGGAGCAUCGACAGCGCUCAGACUCAGAGAUGGUGCCGUGUCCGCUGUGCAGAGAGGACUUCUGCUCCGGCCAGUCUCUGAGGGAGCAGGUGAUGAACUCCAGCUGGCUCCACACAGCAGCAGAGAGAGAGAGGCCGGACAAGCACCUCGGAGUGUCCUGUGGCAACUGCGGUGUCAGCCCCGUCUCCGGGAAGUGCUUCAGAUGUACAGUCUGCACUUUUCUAUAUUUCUGUGAGAUCUGCUCAGGGAGAAACUGCCAUCCCCAUCAUCCCUUAUCUGUCCGAUUGACUAGAAAAAAGGAGUGGUGUCUCGUGUCCAAAGAAUCAGGCGAUGGUUCAACUAAAAAUGACCAGAGUCUCCCCGUGGUCUCAGCACCUCUUCCAGACCGAGUGCUGGCUCAGGUGCCCACGGUGCAGGUUCGAGCGGGCUCUCAGCUGCUGCAGGACGGGAUGCAGUGUCGCCUGUGUCUGCACGGCUUCAGCCUGGGACAGAGGCUCCGAGCCCUGCCCUGCCGCCACAAGUUCCAUGCUCGGUGUGUGGACGCGAUCCUACGAACAACCAACUCCUGCCCUCUGGAUGGGUUUGUCAUCUGUAACCCAGAACCAGAGAGAGCCUGUGGCAGAACAAGCCUCAGUACCAGAUAUCCUACUUUCCAACGCAGCGGUACCAACGUCCAGGACCUGUUUGUGCCUGGAGUGGCUCUACUGGAGGAGAAACAUCAGCUCGAGGUGCCUACAAACAACUCACAUCUCACCAGCCUGGACUCAAACACAUCUAAUCCAUCUAAUGCUAACAGUCAAAAGUGCGUGAAAAAGGUCGUCCCCACAGGAGCCCAAAGCCCCAAACGGAGGCAUCUGUGUCCAGGAAGGCGAGAGUCCAGGCCAGUGUUAGAACUGCACCCAGCGCGCUCUGACUGA